AUGGCGAAGGCAGGUGGCGAUGGCAUUCCGUGCCGAGGGAAGGAGGGUCCAAAGGUCACCCCGCUGCUUGCUCUGUUCAGGCACAGUCCGUCUCCAAGGUGCUGUGUGCCCACCAAACAGACACCGCAGCAAAGGUAAGGAGGUGGUUCCGGGGAGAUCCAGGGCCUGCUUUGGACUCCCAUCUGUCCUUGCUCUAGCCCUCAGCUUCAUGCCAGCAUUGUCUUGCCCAGAGCAGCCUUCCCCAGGCUGGUGCCUUCUAGAUCUUUGGGGGUAGCAGAAUGUGCAGGCGAAAGUGGAUGGCAGCUGUAGUCUAAAAGACGAGGAGAGCACCAGCUUGAAGAAAGCCAUCCUAGGAGAAGAUAGCAAGCAGCCUCCUUCCCCCCCCCCCCCCCCGCUUAGUCUGGGUGGCUUUUCUUGUCAAAUGAUUUCAGGUUUCUGAGGGGCGAGAAGAGGUUCUGAGCCUUUAUAGUGAAGCUAGGGUCCAGGACCCCAAUUUCAAGGUUUCUCCUGAGGCAAAAAUGAUGCUUAUGCCUCCUGCUUGGACUGAACUCAUUUUCUAUGGACUCUACACUGCGUGAGGUUAGAGGUGUGAAGACCAGGGGGGAAAGUGGAAACAUUUAUGGGGAAAUUAAAUUUGGUUCUUCACAUUUCUGCAGCAAUUUGUGCUUUUAAAAAAAUCCUCAUGGAAAUUAUUCAGCAUUUUUGUGCGAAUUUCUCCUAAGAAACACAUUUUUACAUGCAGUUUUCACCAAUGUGCACAUUGUUUUUGCAACUAAUUCCCCCUAACGUAAUGCCUUCUUGUAUCUUAUUUCCACUAAUAUAUUCAUUUUUAUGCUCAUUUCCCCCUAGCACACGUUUGGGUAAACGCUGGAGAACUGCAUUACAAAAUUUGGGAAAGUGUGGAUUUUGAAGGGUGGCGGUGUUUCCGUCUCAUAUUAUUUCAGAAAGUGUGAUUCUGAUCAGUUCAGUUUUAAAUGCAAAUCGAAUUGAUUUUCUCCCCUGUUCCUGGUAGAGAGGACCUCUCCUGGUUUUUAAAAGUGUUAAUCUGUUUACUUAAGCCUUAGCAGAAUGAAGGCAUGCUAAUUGUGUCUGGCUGUUAACCAGAAGGUUGGUGGUUCAAGCCCACCCAGGGACUGCUACGGAUUCCUGCACUGCAGGGGGUUGGACUAGAUGACCCUCGGGUUCCCUUCCAAUUCUACAGUUCUAUGAUUCUAAUGCUGGUUUUGUGAUUGUGCUAUGGUUUUUUAAAUGUUGACGUACUUGUGUGAGUAUUUCAAUUAUUUUGACUGGAUUCUGUUGUUUUUAAACUUUUAUUGUACAUCCCUCUGAGCUCCUUUUAAUGGAACAGGGAUUAAAAAAUGCAAUCAAUUAAUUGAUAAAAACACAAAUCUGCCUUAUACCUGAUCAAACUAUUGGCCCAUCUAGUCCUGUAUUUGCUGUACCAGGACUGGAAACUUGUGGUCCUUCAGAUGUUGCUGGAUUACACCUCCCAUCACCCUUGGUCACUGGCCAUGCUGACUGGUGCUGAUGGGAGCUGCAGCUCAUCAUCAUCUAGAGAGCAUAAGGAUUCUUGGUCUUAGGCAAGUCUUUCUAGGCUCUACUCUUUGAGAUUCCAACUGGAGGCUGCCAGGCAUUUGGCCAUGUGUGCUGCCAUUGAGCUAUGGCCCCUUCCUGCAAACCUGAAAUCACGUUUCAUGUUCAUUGCCCAAUUUAACACAUUCAUCUUAAAACCCAUUGUCUGGAAGUGAAAUAUGUGGCAGUGAUGUAGAGUGAAGGGAUAAAUGGAAAUCCCUUUUCCAAGCCUUCUCAAGUUCUCAAAUCCAGAGCUGUCUGCAUGCAUAGCACUUAAAAAAAUAAAAAGGGUUUGAACCAAGAUAUCCCAAAUUCUGAUGAAAGCUGAAUUAUGCAAACUGCUGGGUUUUGUUUUGUUUUGCAUAAUUUAUUUUGCUUUUGCUAAUCAUGAAGAGGAGCAAGGAACCCACACAGAAGUCCUCCUCCCCAAUGACCCUUAAAAAUCUAAUUCAGUCCAUUUUCUAACUUUUAAUCUUCAUAGCAUUUUUUCCAUCAUACUUCCAAGCAUAGAUCUGCAAUCUUAAGGUUUUGAAAGCUGCUUUCCCCUUAAGCAAAUCUUAAGAUUCUUUAAGAAGCUGACUUCUGUGACCAAUGAUAUGUCCAAUGGCUUUUCUGCAUUUCUGCCAGCGUGCGUACAGGCCUGCCUAUAAAUUGCCUAUAAGCAUUCAAAUUUUAGCACCAGGCAGAGAAAUUACAGGUGUGCAUCACCUCUAUAGACAUUAUGAUUUACGUGCCUGAGCUGGACAGCUAGACUGCACUGCACUCCCUAAUAUCCUGAGCUGGUCUGUGGAAAGCGACUGCUGCCUUUUUCACCCCUUAAAAGCCAAACUUAGCUGACUAGGGAAACACCUGGAGCUCAAGUGAAGAGGAGCUGGAGAGCUGGGCAGGUAUUUUGUUAUGAGAGGCAGGUUUAGGUUUGAAUCACAGCAAAUUGUUUUCCCAGGGCACCAAUUUCCAUAAGAUUUGCAUAGGUUAAUCCAUGUGCAUAGGUUCAAAUUUAGAAACCAUUACUACAAUUUAAACUGAAAUAAAGUACAUCUCACCAAAGUGGAGAAAACUUUGAUCAGGUGACCUGUGUGUGCCUGCUUAGUCUGUCUGUCAUCCAGGUGCUCACUUUGGAUGGGCAACUUCAAGGUCCAAUUCUGCUGUCCCUUCUGGAGAUUAUUUCUCUUUAAACUGGGCUUGGACCGGCCUGUCCUCAGAUGAUAACUCUUUACUGUGUAAAGUAGGACACAUGGCUCCAUCCUACUCACUGUGGGGAUGAAGGGGGCUGGGGCUCAUGUCCUCUCUCCCUCAACCGUUCUCUCACAUACUCUUUGGGGAAGGGCCCGGGCUCAGUUCCCACCAUCUCCAUGUCGCUCAGAGAGCUGCUUCUAGUCAAUGUUGACAAUACUGAGCUAGAUGGACCAAAUAUCUUACUCAGAAACUUCCAAUGUUUCUGUUCCUACACCUACACACUUGCUGUCUCACUCUCUCUUCUGGAAAUAGGAAAUAAACUUAAAGGAAAUCAGCUGUGACAUCCUUGGCAAUGUUGAAAGCAUGUGUGUACAUACAUAAUUACUCAUUCAGGAGACACAGGUUUAAGGCUGAUUUCCCACCAGCUGUAAAAAUCUUUACCUUUCAUUUGAGUGAACCCAAACAAUGUUUUUGGUAAUAAUAACGUUGUAAUAACAAGUCUUUUGGCAAGAGCUGAAUUAGUUUGACUUAAGCAAAGCCCUUGGGCUUUUGACACAGACAUCACAAGAUCUCAGUUCAUCUGCAUGGUAGUUAAAAUGUCUAGUUUCCUUUAAACUAGCUACCAACUUGUUAGUUCCACUCUAAAUUCUUGUGAGGAGAAAUUAGAUCUAGGAGUUAUCUAGCAGCUCAGGUUGAGCAAAGUCCUAAAGCACAGCAGUGUGAACCAUCUUAAUACUUCCCCCUUUAGCACACUUUUAGGAAUGCGAUCUGAAUGAAUGCAAGGAGUAAUAGUCUGGUUUUCUUAACAACAUUAAUGUGGAGGUGGGGAGUAGUGAUGUGAAGUUUGGGGUCCGAGCAUAGACCAUUCUUCUGCAAUUUUUAAACGUUGGUUGUUUGUAACCUGGCUGCAUUGCUAAUGAACUUUCCCAUUCCUAAGGGCAGAUCUCCCCACAAAACACUGACCAUCACCAUGUCAGCAGAACUUAGUGCCAAAGUGACCAGGACUCUGAACAAAACCACACCUGGACUCCAGAUAUGGAGAAUUGAGGUGAGUGUUUGUUUAGGUAUGUGGUAGUAUAAAGGUGAGAAAGAGACCAGCAUUUGGAGGCGUGUGUUUCCUCUCUUCCCACGAUUCCACCUUCUCCUGGGAUCUCCUGCCUUUCAAAGGAGGAAGAGGAGAAGCUGAAACCCGAUUCACUACAGAUCAGGAGUGGGGGGGGGAUGUCAGGCCUGGGGGGCCAAAUGGCUUCUCUACCUGGCCUCAGAACUCUCCAUGGGCCACACUCCUCACUGGUUCUGCUCUGCACCCUGAAUGUUUUUGCCUGGCUGGAAUGUGUUCUUGAACUCGAAUGAUGCUGCUUCCUUGCCUGGGUGGAGGAUACAAAGGGGUGUGUGAGUAUGUGGUUCUAUAUGCAGCCUUCAGUCCCUGUCGUGGUGGGGAGGAAAGGCGGGGUGUGUGUGUGUGUGUGUGUGUGUGUGUGUGUGUGUGUGUGUAGAAACUAGCAAAGGAAAAAACGAAUUUGUUGCUCCACCCAGGUUUUGUCUCUGGCCCUGCCCACAACUGGCAACUGCUGUGGCCCUCAGGCUGCAAAAGGUUUCCUAGCCCUGCUCUAGACUCCCAGCUCAGUGGUGCAGAGUCCUUGUAUUGUAUCUCCUAUUCUGAGGGCCAGACUAGAUUGAUAUUAAUUAUAUAAAUGCAAUUGAUAUGCACAAAGUAGCAGCUAUGGGAGAGGCUGGUCAGCAUUAGGAUCACAUAAGGGGAGAGGGGGUUAAUCCUUUCACUUACAGCCAUGGUCCCAAACCCAAAUACUCCCUGAUCCAGAAGCUGCUGUAAGCACUGGGAAGCCUCCACCAGCUGAGCUGGGGCAAAAGAAGCUGGGCACCAAUGGGGGAUUUCCUCCCAAUGCAAAUAGGAUGCAGCUUUGGAUGACGGAUUUUCAUCAAGACUGCAACAGGGAGGAUAGGGUUAAUUGCCCCCUUGCCCUCCUGUUCUUUGAACCUGAUAAUUAUUGUUUCUCUUCAUCUGUGGUUCUACCCUGAGCAAUGGCCUUUCCUCAGAAGACUGAGGUGAUGGGAUUUGGCAAAACUAAAAAAAAUUAAGGUGAUGGGGCUUGGUAAAAAAUAGACUAUUGAAGAAAGGAAGGCAGGACAAAUGUUUUAAAAUGAAGAUAAAGGCAGGAAGAAUGCUCUUUACACAACACAAGGGUGUGUGAUGAUCUUUAGUAGUGUAUAUAAUUCCAGCUAAUUCUACCCCCCCCUUCCCUUCCAGAAUAUGGAGAUGGUGCCUAUUCCACCGAAAACAUAUGGGAACUUCUACGAAGGAGAUGCUUAUAUAAUUCUCUCGGUAAGAGGAAUUAAGAAUGGUGGAGGCCUUUGUGUCACUACGCUUGAUGGGACAAAACAGCUGGCGAAAAGGACGAGGCUCAGCCCAAGAAAAAAGCAGGAACUUGCCUCAUGUAAAGUAUGGAAGGUGCACCAUGGAGCAUGAUGAGGUCAAAGAAGGAUACGUCAAGGGAAGGUCCUAUGUGGCUAGGAGUAAAUGUACUCCAGUCCUGUCAAACUUACGUAUACAGUACCACCCUAAAGGCCGCACUAAGUUGCUAUUACUUAGAUUUUAACAACAGCAGCAACAACAUUAAUACCUAAUUUUUGAAGUCAGGAGCAGUUCCCAGAGAUGGGCUGUCUUCAGCAUUAGGACCGCGUUAUGUGCCUUCAGACCGGGGCUGGCCCUACCAUUGGGCAAAGUGAACAUCUUAGGCAGCAGAUACUGGGGAACAGCAGCAGCAACCCCCUCUGCCCCUCACUAACCAUUCUCUUCUGUAAGAGGACAGCAAUUAUUCCUUUCCUGGCCUCCUCUAAACUACCAGUAGUCUGCUGCCUUAGAUGCGUUAGAGGACAUAAGAAGCUGCUUUAUAUUGAGUCAGACCAAUGGUCCAUCUAGCUAAAUAUUGUUGAUGUUGACUGGCAGUGGCUCUCCAGGGUUUCAAACAAGGGAUCUUUCCCAUCCCUGCUUGAAGAUGGCAGGGAUUGAACCUGUGACCUUUUGCAGGCAAAGCAGGUGCUUUAUCCCUAUGGCCAUUCCCCUAACACUCUCCCAUGACCAGCGUUAAAGUCAUAUUCAGUUGCCAGUCCAAUUAGCACCUUUACCUCGAAUGGGGAGGGGGUGCCUUAGGUACAAAAGGUCUUGAGCUGGCCUUGAUUCACGCCACUUUGUGCAUCCAAAAAUGUCUGGGUUUGCUGUAUUCAUUUGUUCAGCAUCUGUUGCAAUGGCUUUGCUUACCUCUCAAAUAUCACCUAUUAGCAUAAGCAAGGCAAGUUUGGGGUUUUAAAACAAUUACCUACUUUAUUGAUUUAAUAAACAGGACCAGUUAUUACGUCAACCCUAGUUGGAGAGUCAAGUGGUUUAAAUACCUUUUGAGAGCUGAUGUCGCAUGGUAGGUAAGAGAAGACAUGGAGCUCUGAAUCAAAACAUCGCCAGCUCAAUUCCGCCAUGAUCUUAUAAUAAGGUGGGCUUAAGCGUCACUCCUUCUCAGCUCAGGGAUAACAAGAUAAAGUACACUUCAUUCUCAAGUGAUACAUAAAAUGCUAAGUAUUUUUUAUUUUGUUGCUGGUCUAUUUUAAAGCUUGCUUCAUUUCAGAGCUGUUUUUAUAUUAGCUGCUUCAACACAGUCACUUAUUUUCAUGUUUUUUUAAUUGCUGUUCUUGCAUUUCUGUGUAUUGGAAGCUGCCUUGAAAGCUGGCUUUGGUAAAAAGGUAGGGUCGAUAUAAAACAAUAAAUAAUACAGUAUUUCACAUCCUACCCUCCCAUUCCCAACCCUUCUCUGUUCUCAUGCCCUGACUAUUUGUGAACACCUGUAUCGUCGUACUGCACGUAUUCUGGAUAACUGGAUAAUGCCAUACAGUUUGGAUAUGAGGAUAAGGCCUGGAUAGAUGAAUGAACUGAGUGGGUAGAUCAAAUCAGAACUCCUUGCAAGAACCCUGCUCCUCUGCAUGAUAUAUGUUAUAGAAGGAGGAUAAACAUUGCAAGGUUUCUAGGAGAACAGAACAGCUCCAUCCUCAAAGAUGUCUGCUUGCUUUCUGGCCUUGAAAUGUCACAGCAUGACGUUUCUUAAUGUUUUUGCUUUUGUUUUAGAAUUAGCUACUUUCCCCAUUGCUUUUACAUUCAGCACAGAUCUGGGGCUAGGAUAGUGAUACUGAUCCGCCCAUGCAUGAGGAAACCCUUUUGUGUUUGAGAGUAGAGAUCUGAGUCAAUGUCCCUUUCUAGUAGUUGGACUUGGAGAGCUGAGUGUGUGAAUCAAAAUGCCCAUCAUUGUGGCAUUGACUGAGCGCCGUGGGACGGAGAGGUCUCUGCAAUUUUGGUGGGCCUGCUAACCAGCUUCAAUUUUCCAACUAGACGCAUAAGACUGGGAACAACUUCACCUACGACGUCCACUUCUGGCUGGGCAGUUCAUCAUCUCAGGAUGAGCAGGGCUCAGCUGCCAUCUACACUACCCAGAUGGAUGACUACCUGGGAGGAGUAGCCGUACAGCAUCGUGAGGUCCAGGGCUACGAAAGUGACGCCUUCCGGAGCUACUUCAAACAGGGGCUAAUGUACGUAAUGCUCCUUAUUGCCUUCUGGUGGCUGAUCCAGGCAAUUACAGCUUCUUAUUCUUUGAGCCAGGGACACGGGUGGCGCUGUGGGUAAAACCUCAGCACCUAGGACUUGCCGAUCAGAAGGUCAGCGGUUCAAAUCCCCGCGGCGGGGUGCACUCCCGUUGCUCGGUCCCAGCGCCUGCCAACCUAGCAGUUCGAAAGCACGUCAAAGUGCAAGUAGAUAAAUAGGGACCGCUUACUAGCGGGAAGGUAAACGGCGUUUCCGUGUGCUGCACUGGCUCGCCAGAUGCAGCUUGUCACGCUGGCCACGUGACCUGGAAGUGUCUUUGGACAGCGCUGGCCCUCGGCCUCUUAAGCGAGAUGGGCGCGCAACCCCAGAGUCAGACACGACUGGCCCGUAUGGGCAGAGGUACCUUUACCUUUUUAUUCUUUGAGCCACUUUACAUUUUUAUGUGUUGUACCUGUGUUAAGAGACACAUGCUAGGUAGUCUCAUUUGGCAAUGGCUCCUCCGCUACAUGUCCACUGUGUGUUUAGAAACACACAUCAGCCCUUCCAGUGUUUCCUAUAGGUACUUGACAACUCAUGAAAUAAAUAAAAAAUCUGGAUAUCUGGGUGGAGACUAGUGGGAUGGGGCCAUAUGGGACGAGAGGACAGGUAAGGUAAAGGUAAAGGGACCCCUGACCAUUAGGUCCAGUUGUGACCAACUCUGGGGUUGCGGGCUCAUCUCGCUUUAUUGGCCAAGGGAGCCGGCGUACAGCUUCUGGGUCAUGUGGCCAGCAUGACUAAGCCGCUUCUAGCGAACCAGAGCAGCGCACGGAAACUCUGUUUACCUUCUUGCCGCAGUUGUACCUAUUUAUCUACUUGCACUUUGACGUGCUUUCGAACUGCUAGGUUGGCAGGAGCAGGGACCGAGCAACGGGAGCUCACCCCGUUGCAGGGAUUUGAACCACCGACCUUCUGAUCGGCGGUUCCUAGGCUCUGUGGUUUAACCCACAGCGCCACCCCUGUCCCGAGAGGACAGGACUUAGAGCCAGUUCAGUGAUAGUGCUGGGGAAUGAAGCCCAGCAGAUUUUGACUAAUCCCUGUGGGCAGCCUAACACAAAGCAAUCUAUUUCCCUAAAGUGAGCAGCUGGAGGAAAAGGGGCAGCUGGGAGGAACUGGAGAUAACUGGUCAAAAGCAAAAAUAGACAGGGACAGAAACAGUGCUGUCCUUACUACUAAGUAGUUGUUUCAAAGUGGCAGAUUCCAGAGAGGGUUCCAUUGCCCUACCUUUCUUCUCUGUCUGGCCAGGUUCAGAAGACAUGACACUAACCAUGGUUUAGCAAUCCUGCCUGUCCUUCCUCUGUGGAUUGUAUGUGACUGUCUACUUGAAAGUGUGGGUGUGAUUUCCUGCUUAUGUGACCCCCAUCUGCUGAGUAAAUUUGCCUGCCUGCCUUCCUGAAUAUAUGUGUGUCUCUGUGUCUCUUCCCCUCUGCCGGCAUGUGAGUGUAUGUCCCUGCUUGCAUGAUGGGUCUCUCUGUGUGUAUGUGUGGUAAGUGUGCUUUGACCACAUUUCUCACUGGCACAUGUCACUGGAGGGGUGGCCAACUUCAGACUUCAGCUGAAAGAAAUUUGCCGCUCCUUGUUUAGCAUUAAAAAAGAACCACAGUGAGACUUGGCCUUGUAUGUUGCCCUCUGCUCCUUGUAUGUAAGAGGUUAAUGAAAGCUUCCUUUUUUGGUUUUGAAUAAGCCAUAGUUUCAUGUUAUUCUAAACUUGGAAAACUGUUGUUUAUUCUUACUGCUGGGGAGCUCAAAUGAGGAUCUAACUGUAGUUUUUGAUCUAGGUUUGUUUGAACUAACCACAGUGCGAAUAAACCAUCAUGUCCCAACUGCAGACAUAAACUGUGGUUUGUUCAAAACCAACAAUUAAAGCUUUCAAUCUUUUCCCCCUUGCAUAUGAAGGAGAGCCGGGGGGGGGGGGGAGAGGAAUGGGAGCCUGAAGAUAUGCGGGGCUUGUCAACUUAUGUUUGAACCAGGACUACAUAUAAUAAAAUUUUAAAAUGGGUUCCAAAGCAAAGGGCAUCAUUUGGGUUUUUGCUUUGGGGACAAAAAAUGUCUAAAGUUGCACCUUAUAGCAGCGGUAGGAAACUUGGAAGCCUGUGGUCCAAUUUCAUGAGGUCCUCAGUCCUAGUUUCAUGCGAGUGGCAAAGAGGGGUGAAAUGUGGGAGGGGGGUCCCAACCCACAUUUGGCUUCAGCUAUGCCCACUGCUGAUAUGCAGCCCCCAGCAGAUUACACUUAGGGGAAUGUAACACUCAGCAGAAGGUUGCCCUCCACCCCACUACAUAGAACAGAGGUCUGUCCAUUUAAGGGCCUGAAAUGUGUGUUGUAGCUAACAUAAUGUUCUUAACAUCAGAGGCUCUGGGAAAACUAAAGCAGAGUGGCUGUAGAAGGCAGCAGGUCUUCCCCCGCCCCCUUCUGCCCCAUGCUUCUAUUAGGCAUACUGGGUAGAGGUCAACCCUUUCUUCUAUGGGAGGUCUGCAUACACGCUCUAUAUUUAAAGCACAUGGCUUCCCCCUAAGAAUCCUGGGAGCUGUAAUUUACCCCUCACAGAGCUGCAAUGCCCAGCACCCAUAACGAUCUACACUUCCCAGGAUUCCUUGGGGGAUGUUGUGUGCUUUAUAUGUGCCUUAGAUGCACGGUGUGUAUGCAGCUGAAGACUCAGCUGUUUGGGAAUGUUGGUGCUCUCCUCCACAGUCCAGACCCUGACCCUGCCUCUCCUCUGCAGCUAUAAGAAGGGUGGAGUGGCUUCUGGCAUGAAGCACGUGGAGACCAACACGUACAACGUACGACGCCUGCUGCACGUCAAGGGCAAGAAGAAUGUGAUGGCGGGAGAGGUGGGUCAAAGAUGGGCUGGCAAUGUUGGGAAAAGGCUGGCCAGGGCGGGUAGCUUAGAGCCUGGUAAAACUGUCAGAUCUAGACACCGGGGUCUUUGAAGAAGAAGAAGAAGAGUUUGGAUUUGAUAUCCCGCCUUUCACUCCCCUUCAGGAGUCUCAAAGCGGCUAACAUUCUCCUUUCCCUUCCUCCCCCACAACAAACGCUCUGUGAGGUGAGUGGGGCUGAGAGACUUCAAAGAAGUGUGACUGGCCCAAGGUCACCCAGCAGCUGCAUGUGGAGGAGCGGAGACACGAACCCGGUUCCCCAGAUUACGAGACUACCGCUCUUAACCACUACACCACACUGGCUCACCACACUUUGAACACUUGUGGGUGAUCAUGAAGACAAGGUUCAUCACAGUGUUGCAGCCCAGGAAGGCGCACUCAGAUCUUACAAAAAUCAAACAUUUUGCCGUGCUUUUGACCUCUUGUUGGAGCAGUACAGUAGAUGCACUUUUAAUGAGGUCAUCAGUGGCUACUGAAGCCACAAUGGCUAUGUUUCUACUUCCACUGUUGGAGGCAGUGUGCUGCUGGCAGGGGCGGCCCAUCCUGUUUUGACACCUGUAUUACUAUAGGUGUCCUUUUAAUAGAAAUGACAGUGGAAAUGGAAAUAACUUUUAUAUUUACAAACCAAGAAACCGCAAGCCAACAAUCUAUCUAUGAAAUAAAUAUGUAUUUUUUUUAUUUAGAGGUCCUUUGCAAUCUGAGGCCCUGAUCUGUAGCUUCCUUAGCUUGUGCAUAUAUCUUGCUCUGUUCCCAGAUUUUCCAUGGGCAUUUUGUUGGCCAUAAUGAGAACUAGAUGUGUUUUUUGGCCUGAUCCAACAGGGAUCAUCUUGUGUGAGGUCCCCAGACUGAUAGAAUCCAGGUAUGACUGUCUUUCAGUAAACUCACAUAGGCUUUCCCACCAGCUGUUUUUUUCCCCUCUUGCAAAGGUGGAGCUGAGUUGGAGCAGUUUCAACUUGGGCGAUGUGUUUCUGCUAGACCUGGGGAAGCUCAUCAUCCAAUGGAACGGUCCAGAGAGCAACCGCCUGGAGCGACUGAAGGUGCAAAGUCUGCCAUGGGUGGUGGAAGUGUGGAAGCAGGGGAGACGGGAGUUGUGCAAGGAAGAAGGAUUUUGGUGCCUGUCCUUUCUUGGGUGGGACAUCUGACAUUUGAAAUUCAAAUGUAACAUUUCUAUUAUAAGAAAAGGAGGGUUGUUUUGCUGACCAAAAAAAAUAUGGAUUGGGAGGAAAUGGGAGAAUCAGGAUCAAGUAAAGCCACCAACAUCAUAUAACAACCCAGCGGUGGGACAUGCUAAAGACACUGAAUGGCCUUCCUAAUAGCCUUGGGAUUACGGUAUAUUACAUUGAUGGAUUCACUCUGUGAUGAUCAGCUCAUAGUUCCAUGUAGUUCAGCAGCCAUUCAUAAAUUCAGUGUAUUAAAAUGGCCAUUGGGCAUCAUUCUUUUUAGUAUAUCUCCCUCUUUUUAGUAUAUCUCCCCUUCCUAGGAAGGGUGGUAGGAAUAAUUCAUGACUACAAGGUGCUUCAAGGUGUUAAGUUCUGUGUCUGAAUUGGCUAAGACAAAAGGGAAAUAAAUGAAUUGGGGGAUAGCUGAAGUGAGACUAGAAUGCUGGACUAGAUAAGCCUUAGGCCUGAUCCUGCAUGGGGUUUCUUGUUCACACCCACCAUGCUCUUAUUUGUGGGUUUUCUCAUUCUUCUAAUGCCAUUCAGGCUUCCUCCUGCCACCCCCUGACCUUGGCUUGUGGUUGUGACCUGUUUCCUGCAGGGGAUGACCCUAGCCAAGGACAUUCGUGACCGGGAACGUGGGGGUCGAGCGCAGGUAGGUGUGGUGGAUGGGGAGGACGAAGCUGCAUCUCCUAUUCUCAUGAAGAUCAUGGAGUAUGUGCUGGGGGAGAAGAGGAACAUUCAGCCUGCCAUCCCAGACGCCGUGGUGGACCAGAAGCUGAAAUCUUCUCUCAAGCUCUACCAGUGAGUGACAUUGGGUGUGUGGUAGUGGGGACUACGGUGAGGCAAAGAGGUUGUGUGGAAAGAUGCACAGCUGCAGGAGAGAGGAGCAAGCAUCUCUUUGAUGGAUGCAGGAACAGGGGAAUGUGGGAAAGAAAGACUCUGAUGGAAGUACACAUGCUGGUCAAGAAAGCAAAUGUUCCAUUUAUUCUGUUCUUGGGAUCAAUACUGCUCCUGAGAGCACCUGUGUGACCUUCCUUAAUGAGUACAAUUCUGUUUGUCGUGUUUGGGUUUUUUCUUGUGGGUGCAAAAUGAUUUGGAAAGAACUAUGACAGCAAAACGCAUCCAGAAGGGAUGUAUGAGGGAGGACAAUGGGGAGAUCAGGAAUAGGGCAGGAGCCUGGAACUAUGAAGGAAAGAAAAUAAACUAGAAAUAAAUCUCAAAAGGGAAGGAGACCCUACAGUUGGGCACCUUGGCUUUUGGGCUGUUUUGGCCAACACUGCCCCCACUUUCAAAUAUUUCCUUGUAACCAUGAAGGUAAGAAAAUAUCCUCCUAGUUUCCUGGCUCUUCCUCCCCUUUUUAAAAUUAGUGUGUGAAUGCGCCGAGGCAAUUUAGGGUUCGGUGAUGUCACUGCAGGUGAGAUGCAGACAUUCUGCUUCAGAUAUCAUAGGAGAAGUACAGAAAAAAAGAAGCAGGAGUAAUUUAUCAUUGUUAUUUUCAACCCCACUUUUAUGUUAACUGAACUGGCUGUGAGGUUCUCUAGAAAACUGAAUUCUGCAAGGUUUCAUAUAUUGAAUAGGCCCAGUCCUGAUUUUUAGCUUUUAGACCAUUAUAGUUUUGCAUGAUCUUCAUCCCAGAGUGUAGACUAGUAACAUCACUUUGGAGAGCUGGUACCAUGACUACCCUCGUGUUCCUCUCCCAGAGUCUCUGAGAUAGAAGGGAACCUUCUUAUCCAAGAAGUUGCCAUCCAGCCCCUCACCCAGGACCUUCUCAAGAAUGAGGUAAGACUCAUCCCUGGGGGAUUGGUUGCACCAUGACAAGCUUAAAGCAUAGGUUGGGGGCUGGAGGGAAGGGAAGACUAGUGGAUAUGUUAUUCCAGUGUCAUCUAACACAGUUGUAGCUGUUCUGCCUAUUGCCAUUCCAACCCCAAAUUAUAAUCUGAAUGGCUUGAGUCUAAAAUGAUGAGACUGUGGUCUUCCAGAUGUUGCUGGACUACAAUGCCCAUCAUCCCUGACCACUGACCAUGGUGGCUGAGGUUGAUGGGAGCUGGAGUCCAUCAACAUCUAGAGGAUUACUGGCUACCCUCCUAUGCUGUAAGAGAGAGCCUGGUAAUGGAAGAGGGCUAUACUGGCCUAAACAGCUUCUUUGUAAUGAAACAACUGGAUUUUGUUUUGUCUCCUGUCAGGACUGCUUCAUCUUGGACCAAGGUGGUGUGAAGAUCUUUGUGUGGAAGGGUAGGAAUUCAAGCAAGGAGGAGAAGCGGCAAGCGAUGACACGGGCCCUGGUGAGUGAGAGGAUAAGGCAAAGCUGAGCCCAUACAGUCUCACAUCUGGGCAAGGAUCUUUUGCAAUGUUCCAGAACUUCUUGGAGAUACUGGAACAAAGUGCCUCCACUCUCUCUCCUGCCAUUUCAAGGGAUCAAAGCCAUUUUUGGCUCCAUGAUUCCAGAUCUUGACUAACAUGACUACCAACUCUUUUAGAUUCUCUGUCUGGAUUUUGGACCAGGGCUUGGAUAUUACCUUCUGCCUACCCGCCUGUCCUCCUUUUAGCCUCAUCCAUUUCAUAGGCUUGAGGAGGAUAUCAGGCAAGCAAGUAUAUAAAACAGAAAAAACUUUACAGGUUUUUUAAAAAAAUAAUUUAAUCACAGUCCUUAUAAUGAAGCAAAGUAAAAUCGUGGUGUUGGAUAGCAGAUUCUGGGAAGGAAUUCUUCUACCAGUCCUUUGUUUAAUGUUCCGUCAACAGAAAAAAUGACUGUACCAAUGCAGACAAAUGCCCCAAUAAAUCAUAUAAAUUACGGUAAAUUCUUGGUGAAUAUUAUUAAGCAGGACACCAUUUGCAAAAAACAAGCAAACUCAUGCCUUUUUUUUAGACCUUCGUUUUCCAGUUUGAAGAAUAUACAGUGUUUAAAAAUGCAGCGAUUCUGUCUCGCAUUGCUACGCUAGAAAUCAGGGGUGCAAAAGACUGAAGCUCAAGCUAGUUUGUGUUCUACAUUGUUUCCUUUUUAGCCUAAGUUAAUGUAAGUGCAUAAAGCCUGGAUGAACCCAAAGCUGUCUUUAGCCCCUCUAAUAGCCAAAGCAGAUGGUGAGGGCCAACAGGACUAGAGCCAAAGUGGGCUAAUGAGAAGCAAGAGGAAGCUACCAUCAACAAAAUAGAGCUUUAAAAACCAACAAAAUGUAAGGGGCAACACUCCCCCCCCCCCAAAAAAAAACCCAACAACAUCAUCCUGACCAAUGAGGACCAAGCAUGCUCAGUAACCACAGAAUGCUGAGUGUUAGUUGAAAAAGAAAACUGGUGGCAGGGGGAUGGAAUGGAGCGUUCUACCAGGGGCAUUGCUGGCUGGCUGGCACCAUGUACAUGAGCACUGCUGUUAUAGUAGGCGAGGAAUACACUUAUCAUUUUUUGUUGCAGGCCCCAGUUGUUAAAGAGAUAACACUGGGCUGUUGAGGGUGAUAGUCUAGGAUACUUCCAAAUAUGCUCUGUUCAUUAAACAGUCUCUGUGGAGUCCUUCCUCACCUUGUUGUGAAAGUUGCUCUGUUCUGGUCUUCUCUUUGUCAUCUCAGGGUUACAUGAAGGCAAAGAACUACCCACCCAGCACCAGUGUGGAGACUGAAAAUGACGGUUCUGAAUCCGCUGUCUUUAGGCAGCUCUUUCAGAAAUGGACUCUCCCCCAUCAAAGCACUGGCUUUGGCAAGACCAACACAGUUGGGAAAAUAGGUAAGUGCUGAAGCCUGAUCAACUUAGUGGAGCUGAUGGUUUAGAAGCUGCUUCUGACAGGUAUGGGCCCCACAAGAAGAGGUGGGAAAUAAUGUUGUUUUGGCCUGUCUCUUUUGUGAAAAGGCAAAUCAGUCUGUUCUGCGUCAGUUUCUGUGUUCAUUCCUCAAUUCAUUCUCUCCUGUUUCCGUAUCAAUUUGCAAAGAAAUUUGAAAGCCCGCAAUUUCAAUUUGCAAAGAAAAUUGAAAAUCCACAAUUAAAUAUGCACUUAUGUACAUAGUUAACAUGGGCCACAUCUGCACAAUACCUUAAAAACACUAUUAUACCACUUUAAGAGUCAUGGCUUUUCACAGAGGAUCCUGGGAAGUAUAGUUCAUUAAGGCUGCUUAGAGUUGUUUUUAUGUGACCCCUCUUCCCCUCACAGAGGUGCAGUUCCCAGAGUCCUUUGGGAAGAGGAAUUGGUUGUUAAACCAUUCUGGGAAUUCUGGAGCUAAAGUUCUGCCAGAUUCAUUCUUGUUUACACACACACACACACAAAACCCCCACUACGGAGGUCUAGUACAGUGGUAACCAACAUAGCCCCCUCCAGUUGUGGGAUUCCAGUUCCUGUCAUCCACAAGGUGCAUGAUGAAUGGCUGGUAAUGGUUAGGAAUGAUGGGAGAGCAGCACACUGGGUACCUGUGGCCUUGAAUGUGGGUUGAAGGAAGCAUUUAUUGUGAACCCCCUUCUUAAUAUUGGCAGCAUCCUUGACAUGGGCUGCUGAGGGUUUGUGUUGUAUAUGAACAAACACAGCUUUAGAAUGAAACGUCGUUGCUGCUGUUGUUGUUAAAAUUUGCAUACUGCCCUGCAUCCGACGAACCCAGGGCAGUUCUCAGCAGAACCCCAAAUGUUGGGUUUUAUAAGCAUGUGGGUUGCUAUCCUCUGCUUUCUGCUGUGGAAACCAUACAUGGUGGUGCCUCCUUCCUAUAGGAAUAACACAUGCAGUUUCCAUCGAGCCCAUCAAAGUUUAUUAUUUAGCUUAUAACUGCCCAUCCUUGGGGCCACACGGUCCCUCAACGCAGAUGUGCUGGUUAAGACCAAACCUACCUACUUUCUUCCCUGGCUGCCCAACAGCCAAAGUAGAGCAAGUGAAGUUUGAUGCCACCACUCUCCAUGCCAAGCCGGAGAUGGCUGCCCUGCACAAGAUGGUGGAUGACGGCUCUGGAGAAGUAGAGGUGAGGACAGUGCCAUUUUUCUAGAAAAAGAGGUGCCAAAAUCACCAUGAACUCUUCAUUUGUUCUCUUGUAAUGGCAAUGGUGCCCCCCUGAGAGGUGCCAGCACUGAGCUCAGGAGAAUUUCGGCUGGGGGGAAAAAGCCCUGGGUAAGGACCAGGCCCACCCAAGUCCCCACCCCCUUUUGGCUUUGAGUUUAGUGGGAUAACCUGUUGUGAGACACAAGAGCACAAGACAGGUCUAUCUCAAAGGCUUCCUCUUGGCCUCAGCUCUGCAAAUAUGCAAAAUGAAUUGCCAUGCUAGCAUUAUGAAAGUAGAGCUGGAGUUAAAGGUGAGCAGCUGCAAUAAAUCUGGCAAGACCAGCCCCAAACUAGCCACACCUUUUGAAGCUGUGGCGACAAAAGGACAGAAAAUCUCCUUGGUUACAGCUGUCCAAAUUUGCCUUUCUAAAAGGAUGACAAGCUGCGAAAUUAUAUCCAGUGCCAGUGACUUGGCUAGUUGGGGAACAGCAGCAUGAAUGCCACAUAACAUAAGGCCCUGGACACUUUUGAGAGGAAGGGUGGGAUAUAAAUCUAAUACCAUUCAAUUAUAACUUUGGUAGGGCUAUGGGGUAUGCUUUAGUGCUCCUUAGGAUUGUAGGCUGGGGAAGGUCUUUGCCCUGGGUUCACCACAGGCCCUGUAAGAACAAUAUCAGCAGGAACGUAAGGAACUAAGGACCAUCUUCAUCACUACUUCUUUCUCUGGGACUUCACAAGGCAUCACACAGUAAAGUUGAAGCAUAUCACCAUAGCCAUAAGGACUUGAAAAGUGAUGCUUUGGUGGUGUUUUAAAUGAGAAUCGAGAUCUUUAGAAGGCUGAAUUCUGUAUCCAGUGCCACAUUUCCUUCCACCAUCACCCCAAAUGUACACAGUUGAGAAAUUCAGAUAUACACCACCACUCUAGGGGCUUGCUCACACUUCCAUUUGCCCUGCUGUUUUCUCCCAGGAAAUCUCACUCUUUAUUGCAGAAUCUGCAGUGUCCAGUUAUGAUGGACCUAACUGCUAACCGAGCUAACUUUGCCAAGCACUAUAUUCCUGGCUAUACUGAGGAAACCUCCACCCACCAACCCCUGCCCACCCCUUGAACAUCUACUGCUACCCUGUUGCUCAUGUUCCACUUGCCUUGACAGGUCUGGCGAAUUGAGGACUUGGAACUGGUACCAGUGGAGGGUCGCUGGCUUGGUCAUUUCUACAGCGGCGACUGCUACCUUAUCCUCUACAAAUAUCUAGUCUCCAGUAAAAUGCACUACAUGAUCUACAUUUGGCAGGUGAGCAGGUGGAGGUGGGCAGGAGGGAUUACGGCAAAGGAAGCAGAGUAUAGGCCAAGGAGAUGGAGAGAGAAGAAAGACCUUCCACAUGUCACCUAGGAGCUGUUGAAACCGUUUGCAUGUUCACAACAACAACAACAACAAGUACUAGGAAUUUGCCUUUCCAAAGGAGUCUGAAGUUUUCAGGACCCUAAAGAUGCCACUGGAUUCUGCUGUAGGAUGCUGUGUUCACAGUCAUGAGUUUUGAAGUCCUCUCUCCAUUGAAUUGUAGCUGAGAGACAGUCGGAACUUUUACGUCAGCCUACUCUGUUGCUGCUUUCCAGGGUCGCCACGCCAGUCCCGACGAGAUCACUGCCUCUGCUUACCAGGCUGUCAUUCUGGACCAACAGUAUAAUGGUGAACCUGUGCAGGUGCGAGUGACCAUGGGCAAGGAGCCUGCUCAUCUUAUGGCCAUCUUCAAGGGACGCAUGGUGGUGUAUUCGGUGAGCACAAGAGGGACAGACUCAGUGGUUAAUAUUGUCUCCCUUUCCAUUUCCCAGCUGUACAAUGGGGAGCAAAACAGAUACGAAACAGGAAAUCCAAAGAGAACUUUAGAGUAUCCAGUGGUGGCUCUAAUUUUGAUCAGAACAAUAGUUCUACGGGGGAUUUAGGUUUUGCAUCCAAGUAGGUAUUUUGGGGGGAUGGGGAAUAACAGGCACAAUACAGGUUCCCUUGUUUCCCCUCCCCCAGUGGAGAUAAUCAUAGUUUUGGGGAUGGGGGAGCAAUUUAGACUAGGAAAAUCACAGAGAAGUGAACACUUGCUCCACCAGCAGCACUUCUCCGAUCAAAAUCUGAGACCCCAGAGGGGCUUUAAAUAAUAAUAUUAAAAGCCCCCUGGGAGAUCAAAACACAUCUUUCCCACUUCACAUGUCUUUUGGUCUCAAAGCUUCCUAAUCUGGAGUUAUAUCACUUCAAGGGAGUUUUAUGACAGGCUGUAUUCUUGUUGCCACUUUGUAAGCUGUUUGUGGUUGAGCACUCUACCGCUUCCUCAUCCCUUUUCCUUUGGUGGUGGUGCUUUGUAUAUUGAGCGGAUGUGACCCUCCUGUCAGAUUUCAGAAAGGGAAGGGGAAAAUAUCCCAUUCGUUCCAUGCCCUGAACAGGACAAGGAGCAGUGGGUUUAAGUUCCAGUGGCGGAAAAGGCUACUGUGGAACGGGAAGCUAUCAAGGCAAAGGGGAACCUAGAAUGCGUCAGUCACAGAGUGACCUGACCUCAUCUGUGUCAGGAAAGGGGCCUUUUGGGACCAGUUCCUAUAGUUCUGCAGUGGAAGGUGAAAUAAUGGAUGGGACAAAGCUUGUACAAAAUAGUUUAUGUCUCUGGGGGAGGGUUGAGGCUUAACGAAUAGAUCUUGCUUUCAUGCAGUCCUAUGACCUUUAUUUGGGAUGAUAUAACCAAUGCACUGGGCUUUGGAGUGCAGUGAUGCUCAUGCUCUAUAGAAGCAUGGCUGAGAGGCUGUGGAAUUCCUCAACACAGCACCCAUUCAGAAAGUGUGCAUGAAUUUUGCAUAAUUUCUCUUGCUCUUGUAGUAUCCAAGCCCUAGAAGCCUGGAGUGAUGCCUGGACUCUCAUAGCUGUCUAAAUUCUUUUUCCCCUUCCUCCUUACACCUAGGGUGGUACCUCCCGAGCUGGCAGCACAGCUCCAGUGCCCACCAUCCGCCUUUUCCAGGUGCAUGGGACCAACGAAUUCAACACCAAGGCCUUUGAGGUGCCUCCCCGGGCCUCCUCCCUCAAUUCCAACGAUGUCUUUAUCCUCAAGACUCAGAGUUGCUGCUACCUCUGGUAUGGGAAGGUAGGCAUCCUUUCCGGGAGAAGUGCACAGCUGGUGGGUGAUUUGGAGGCUGAGGGCACUAGCAAGUGUGAUCCAGAACAAACAUCCUCAGCUUUGGAAGAGGGAGUGGAAUUUAGUUAAUUGAAAGGCUGACCCAACCCCCAACCUCCACACCACAGUCUGGUUUUCCUUCCUGCAGGGUUGCAGUGGGGAUGAGAGGGAGAUGGCCAGGAGUGUGGCUGACCUGAUCUCCAAGACCGAGAAAGCAGUGAUCGCAGAAGGACAGGAGCCUGCGGAGUUCUGGAUUGCGCUAGGCGGGAAGUCCCAGUACGCCAACAACAAAAGGUAACAUCUGGCACCUGGGCAAGUGCUGCUCUGCAGAGGCAGUGCUAGCUGCCUGCAUCACAUCAUCAGAGCAGCAGAUGUGUGCACACCAUGGCUACCAGAAUUUAUGGCCUCCGCUGACUACCUUACAGCUGAUCACUUGGGCAAGGGCAUGCUGGUUGCAGAAUACUGUGAGGCAAGGAAGCCAACCAGCCCAGGCCACCAACAAGGCAGCAUAGCUGCUACUGAGGCUUCCACUCAGGGGGGCUAGAACUCCACCAGUUUGGCACCGAUUUGUGGUUCAUAGUUAAUAUAAAGCAUGAAGCCUGUGUUUGAUGUAUCAAUUGCUCAGUUUAUGGUGUGCUGCAAAAUGCUGGGAUUUUGCUGUAAAAGACGUGCAAACCUUUGGUACAGGUUUGGAACAGGAUUCCAAAUUUGGGGGUUCAUAGUUGAAUUUUCUUAGUGUGGUUGCCAUCUCUCCCAGCCUCCAUUGCCUGAAACGGCUACUUCACACUGGCUAAUGGCAGGGCCGGUCCUGCCUAGGCAAUGCAUUCUUACACGCCAAUCCUUACUCUCCUAAUGUCAAAGUCUGAAUUGGAUGGAAGAAGCCACAGCCUCCAUCUCCACUCAAAAUCGGAAGACUCUGGUGGCUUUUUAAGGCAUGUGCGAGAAAACCUCAAGUGUCAGUUUCCCUCCCUCCAAAUCCACUUGCAGAGGGUGGUUAUUUUAGAGGCAAGUGGCAAGGAGUUUCAGGGGGAAAUGAAACCCUCGCACACCCUUUCUGGCUGCUUCUCUACUCUAGAUUGCUCCAAUCCAGUCUUUCUCAACCUGUGGGUUCCCAGAUGAUGUUGAACUACAACUCCCAUCACCCCAAGGCCAGAGCUCAAGGAUGAUGGGAGUUGUAGUCCAACAACAUCUGGGGACCCACAGGUUGAGAACGGCUGCAUCUGAUGUGGCCUGGUAGAAAAGCUGGAUAUAUGGCUUUUUCUCCAUGUGCUUGUGUGCAAAUAGGGAGCUGACCUGCCACCUGACCUGUCUCUCUCCCUCUUUUUGUGCAGAUUACAGGAGGAAACAAUUGCCAUCACACCUCGGCUCUUUCAGUGCUCCAAUAAGACGGGGCGCUUCCUUGCCAUGGAGAUCACAAAUUUUACUCAAGAUGACUUGGAAGAAGAUGAUGUGUUCCUACUGGAUGCCUGGGACCAGGUGGGUCUGAGGUGGGGGGUAAAGAAUGAAUAGGGAGAGGAAGCAUUUGCUGCUCAAUGAAGCACAUUGGCAAUGAAUCCCCCCCCCCCGUAAUAAUGCUAUUGAAUUUUACUUUAAUGGCUAAUAUUGCAUGCUGGAAUUUCUUUACAGCUUUGUUCGCGCACACACACUUCUCAUCUGAUAUAAUUACUGUGCUAUAUUAACACUCCAUGCAGCUGAUAAUGUGAACUAUAGUCCACGAAACCUUGUCUUAACCAACUGGUUAGCCUUUAAAGUGCCACAAUUUUGUUGUUUUUGGGGUAAGAAAUGAAUAUGACCACUACCCCUCUAGAAACUGUUAGCUAAGGUUCCCUAAGGUUUAGGGGGUUAUGGUCUGCCACAAAAGCUUUAAGUCUACGGUUGAGAGAUAUACACAGGCAAACACAAACGCAAGGGCAGAAUUCCCUGAACCUUUCUCCCUUUUGAUCCAGCUACCAGCACAUGAGCUGCAUGUCCGCUUCCAUUCAUAAGAGCUUUUUCUCCGGCCAGGUUUACUUCUGGAUCGGCAAAGAUGCAAAUGAGGCUGAGAAGGAGGCAGCAGCCGUAACGGUGCAGGAGUACCUGCGAACUCACCCGGGUGGACGUGACCUUGACACUCCCAUUGUGAUUGUGAAGCAAGGCUUUGAGCCUCCGACAUUCACUGGCUGGUUCCUAGCAUGGGACCCCCUCAAAGGGACAGUAAGUGACCUAGUGGCCCUUAUUCUUUCAGGUCUAACAAAAGGCAGCUGAGAACACCACGUCGUGCAACAAAGGUUAAUCCCGUGUGAAUUCAAAGACAUGUUUGAAAUGUGUAGAAAACAUUACUUUCCCUCUAAUUGCUCUGCCUUGUUAGAGCUCUCCUCUAACCUUCCAGAUGUUGUUCGAUUACAGCUGCCAUCAUCCUUGACCUUUGGCCAGGUGGACUGGAGACGAUGGGAGCUGGAAGCACGUUACCCACCCCACCUACAGAUUUUCAUCAGAAUUAGCUCUCAUGAACUUUCGACAUGCUGAAGUGUAGCUAGCUACAUCCAGACUGUCUGUAUCCACAAAUGAUGAUGAGCACAUAGGUUACCAGGCUUAAGAUUCAGCAGACUUCUCUUUAAGGAAUCCUAUUUUAACUCUCUAGCCUUCAGUCAAAUCAAAAUGUUCAUGUGUGUGGGUAGUCUGGUAACUCCCAGGGUUUUUGUGGUCUAUCUUCAUGCAGGAGAAGAAAUCCUAUGAAGAGUUAAAAGCUGAACUUGUAGAUGAGGACAACCUUGGCCAGAUCACUUCUGUAAGUAUUACUGAAGAGUGGGAUAGAAAGCAGGGAGAACACGUGUUUGAUCAUAUACAAGUGCAGGUGGCACAGUUGCCAUUUAAUUCAUAGGAAACCAGGAACAAUAGGACCCAAGUUCAUUUUAUAGCAGUAACUGCUGUGUAGCUUUUCAUGCCUGUACUAUCUGAUUGGGGGAUGUAAGGCCUUCUUUUAAAGUUAUUUCAGUAUAAAAGGCUGCAAUACUUACUCCAGAAAAACUUCCCUUUAGAGGGAUAGUAAGUAUGGUAACAGCUGAGGAGCAACGGAGUUGCAUUCCUCUUUAAGGAUGAGGUUAACUGCUUGUAGAGAACAUUGCCCACAGCAUGCCCUCUCCACCUCCCUCACUGUUCCUCUGAUGUUGUAGCGACUGACCUUCUUGCAGCACCUUAAAGACAAGAGCAUUAUGGCACAAGUGAUUGUGUACUAGACUAUUUCUGCCGCAACAGACCAACAUGUCCCUUCCAACUCUACCAUUCUUAUUCCUCUGGAUGGCGCUAGAAUUUUUAAACUCCUUUCUUACAAAGUGUACCAGAACACACAAUACUGCAUUUUAGAUCAAUAAAUGCAUUUAUUGAUCUAAAACAGUUCAGUUUACAAUGCCAAUUUACCUUCCCUCAACUCAGUGCUAUUUUUCUAGAAAAAGAGGUGUUGGAACUCACCAUGAACACCUCCCUAGUUCUCCCAUAAUGGCAAUGACGCCCACCUGAGAGGUGCCGGAACUGAAUUCUGCUGAGGCUGAAAAAAAGCCUUGCCUCAACUCUUGUUUAAAUAGAUACAAGACACAUUUGAGCUUUGGGGAUUCCCCCUUCCAAUUUCUCUUUCAGGAAAUCCUUGAUGCAAAAACAGUUUUCACUGCCAACACAACCUUGGGUAGUAUCUCAAUGUCAACCUACCCUCUGGAGAAAUUGAUGAAUGUGUCUGCAGAGGAACUACCCAGCGAUGUAAACCCCAGCAGGAAGGAGGUGAGAUCCCAGGGCUGCAUUCACAUUUCUCGUGUUUAUUUAUUGCAUUUAUAUCCUGCCUUUCCUCCAAAGAGCUCAAAGUGGUGGUGUAUGCAGAUCUUGGCACAGCUUAAUCUCACAUCACCAAAUCCAGAUACAGAAUAGGCUACUGUAUGCUAAAUCAGGGCUACAAACAUCUAAUGGGUGUAGGAAUAAAAGCUUGCUAAUGUGCUGAAGCAUUUGAUAUGCACAGUUCCUUUCCAUAGCCAUCCCCAUCUGCCCCAAUUAAUAUUAGGUUGUAUUCAAGAUAGUGUUAAGGCUGGGAGACCAUCAGCACAAGGAUUUGUGAGCGAGAGAUGGAACAUUCCCUCCCUCUUUUCCCCAUGUGUUCCCCCCAUAUGUGUUCUGGUGGUUCCCCCGAUCCUCCAGAGCUGAUUUGGAGAUUGUGUGGGAGAAGGAGGAGGAAGAAAAUUUGUGCCAGUGCUAAUUUGUGCACUGGUGUAAAAAGUUAGCUGAAUACCUCCCACUGUUCAUUCAUUCUGAACCAGCAUAAAGUGGCAACAACUUGAGGAAAAUACAGAACAAUCUCCAGUUUCCUUAGACUUCUUCUGAGCAUGCCAUCUUGUCUGAGUGUUAUCAGGCUGUGCCCCCAAAUACUCACAGGAAAUCUGGACGUAGUGUUUUCACUACAGUGUGUUACCUUUAUGACUGGACUUGCGCUCUCUCUCAUCCUUGCCCUUUCCCCCCAUCCCAUAGGACUACAUAUCAGAUGAAGAUUUUCUUGCUGUCUUUGGAAUGUCCCGACAAAACUUUGCUGCCCUUCCUCAAUGGAAGCAACAGACUCUCAAGAAGGAAAAAGGACUUUUCUAAAAAUGUAAACUUUCUGCUGUCAUUGCCUCAAAGUGGAUAUUUUUACUUAAAAUAAAAAUAAUUCCAAGUUUGU